CUGCUCUUAUGAUUAGUAUGAUUGAGAUAUUUUCAGAAAAAAAAUUAAAACCAUCACAUUAUUUUAUUUCAAUUAAACCUAGUUGUUUAUAAUGAAAUCCUGAUGUUCCAUUAUAUACUUUUAUAAAUACUAAUAGUAUAUUAGUUUUAAAAAGUGUUCGCUAAACAAUAUUUUCUAAGUAUUUUAAAUUUUAAAUAGAUAAAAGAUUGAAAAUUUAAAAAAUAUUUUGAUAAAUUUGGUUUUAAUACUAAUCUAAAUAUUUAAUUGUUUGAAUACUUAUUUAGAUUUUAUUACACAACUCUGCUCUGAAAUGAAAUAUGUAUUAACAAUAUUUUUUCCAUUUUUAUUUCUAUCAAUCUAAGUGCAUAUGAAUAUUGUAUGCAGUUCGAAAUUGACAGAUAAUGUCUUAAUAGUUGUAUCGCAAAAAUAUUUUCAAGAAGUUCCAUGUAAAAAAAAUUUCCUCAAAAAUCACCAAAUACUCGAAAUAAUCAAUUUCGUUCUGAUUUCUGUUUGAUUAUUUCUGCUUAAAUCUUUGAUUAAAAUCGUAUGAUUAAAAUCGAUUAUUUGGUGAUUUUCGAGAAAUUUCUAUUUACACGAGUUAGUGUCUAUCUAGCGUUUAUUGUUUUGACUGUUCACAAGUUUCAAGUGAUGAAUAAUAGUUACUGUAUUAUAAAUUAAUUUUCUUGCAGAGCAUCAGAAAUAAAAAAUUUAUUGUUAUAUGGUUUAUUACCUAUAUUUUAUCAACAUCUUCAAGUCGAUAAAGCUGCUCAUAUUGCUCUUUUCGUUUGUGCUAUUCGUAUUGAUUUUGCUUUACAAAAAAUAAUCAAUCAACAGGAAGUUGAUAAUGGUAAACGUAAUGAAGGAGCUUUUGAUAUAACACGCUUAUCAAUCAAUAAUAUAGACGAACUUCUGUCGUGGCAUAAACGUGUAUGCGAUUGCAAUCAAACUGCAACGUGUAUCAUUAUCUAUCAUCGUUGUGUAAUUAAAAAUCAAACAUAUCAUUCUCUUUCUUAUCCAAAACGACAAUCAACUAAUAGUUAUUUUGUAAAGUACACUAAUGAUCGUCGUGAUACACUAUUCGGAGCAAUUGAACUUUUUUUUACAUAUAAAAAUUCUACUUUGGCUCUUAUUAAUAAUUAUCCAAAUGAACAUCUAUUUUCCGAUGUCUUUGCUUCUUCUUCUUACCAUUCAUCCUUAUCAAAAUAUAUCAAUACGUACUUUUAUUUACUUCAAGCAAAACCAUCAUCUUUUCAUUAUGUACCAAUUCAUAAAAUAUUAAACAUAUGUGUUGUAUUUGAAAAGGACGAUUUUAUCAUUGUAACUCCUAUUUCUCCAGUCUAUGAACAUGAUUAA